AUGACAGACGCCAAGCCGUCAGGAAUUCGCAUUGCCAUUGAUCGUGGUGGUACCUUCACAGACGCCUGGGCAUGGAUACCCGAUUCUGAUGAGAAGCUGGUGAUCAAAGUGCUCUCACAAAGCCCUGAUGAUUACCCAGACGCGCCGACAGAAUGUAUUCGCCAGAUCCUGGAGAUAGCCAGUGGCAAGCCGAUUCCAAGAGGAACACUUCUCAAUCUGGACGCCGUUGAGUCCAUCCGAAUGGGCACUACUGUGGCAACAAAUGCUCUCCUGGAACGAAAAGGAGAGCCUACGGCCUUGGUGAUAACCAAGGGAUUCCGUGAUGUUUUGGAGAUCGGAAACCAAGCUCGGCCUCACAUCUUCGACUUGUCAGUCCGCCGAAUGGGCAAGCUGUAUGAGACAGUGGUUGAAGUCGAUGAACGUGUCACCAUCGAGGAGUUCACUGAGCACCCUAAUCCUAAGCCUGUCAUUGAUGUUGCAAGCGAUCCUGCUUUGGUGAAGGGGCUGUCGGGAGAGGCCGUCCGCAUUAUCAAAGCGCCAAAUUACGACGAAGUCCGGAAAGACCUGUCAGCGUUAUCGGAUCGCGGUUAUCGCAGUGUGGCGGUUGCCAUGAUGCAUUCAUACACUUUCCAAGACCACGAGCAGGGCGUGGCCGAAAUCGCUCGAAAACUCGGCUUCCGCGUCUCUGCAUCUUCCGAUCUCCAAAAAAUGGCCAAAAUCGUACCGCGUAGUCAAUCGGCGGUGGCAGACGCCUACCUAUCGCCUGUGACUGACGCAUAUCUCGCUAGUUUUCGCAAGGGCUUCGAAGGCCAAUUAGAGGAUCAAAAUGGAAAGAAACUGUUCUUGAACCAGUCAGACGGUGGCCUGACGGCGUACUCAAGUUUCACUGGCUUACGCGGCGUGCUCAGUGGCCCUGCCGGUGGUGUCAUUGGCCUCUCAAAGACUUGCUACGAUUCCAACGACGGCACUCCUGUGUUGGGUUUCGAUAUGGGUGGCACGAGCACGGAUGUCGCUCGCUAUGCUGGAUCUCUGGAACACAUAUUUGAAAGCACCAUCGCGGAGGUCACUAUUCAGACGCCACAGUUGGAUAUCAACACAGUGGCAGCUGGUGGUGGCUCCAUUCUGAGAUGGGAAAAUGGUCUGCUCAAAGUUGGCCCGGGCAGUGCUGGUGCCAACCCUGGUCCUGCUUGCUACGGAAGAGGCGGGCCUCUCACAGUCACAGACGCCAACUUCUUCCUUGGCAGAAUUGUCCCCGACCUCUUCCCUCGGCCUCUAGAUAAAGAUGUCGUCAAGGAAAAGUUUGAAGCCUUGACCAUGCAAAUAAACGAGGAAAAGGCUGGAGCGACCAGUUUUACCUCUGAAGAGGUGGCGAUGGGAUUUCUCAACGUCGCUAAUGCAACUAUGACAAGGCCCAUCAGAACGUUAAGUGAAGGCCGCGGCUUCGAAGCAGGAGCCCACAAUCUCGGAUGCUUUGGUGGUGCUGGAGGACAACACGCCGUCGCUGUGGCUCGAGACCUCGGCAUCCAGCGUGUUAUCAUUCCUCGGUACUCCAGUAUCCUAUCCGCAUAUGGAAUGGCACUCGCAGACGUUGUCAUUGAGAACCAGGAGCCAGAAACAAUCAACUUCUCCGGACAAGCGUUGGACCAUUUGCAAAGCCGCUUUGACAGGUUGUGUGCUCAGGGUGUUCGGUCACUCCAGUCUCAAGGAUUCUCUCCUGACCAGGUCAAACAUGAAUUAUUUCUCAGCAUGCGAUACCAGGGCAGUGAUACAUCAUUGAUGAUCUCUCACCCUGGUUCACUCGCCAACUUCGAGGAUGCUUUUGUUGCUCGCCACCAACAAGAGUUUGGCUUCACGCAAACGCGAAGUACCAUUGUGGAUGAUGUAAGAGUGCGCAGCAUCGGCCAGGGUGCUGACUUCAAACUCUCCAACCCGUUCGAGGAGCUACGUAAAGCCCGCUUAACUCCACCAGCCACUCCAAGUAAGCCGCGAGCUUCCACUAAGGUAUAUUUCGAGGGCAAUGGGUGGACAGAGACUGCUUUGCUUUAUCUCGACGACCUUGCAGUCGGCAGUACCGUCCGUGGACCUGCCAUGGUGGUUGACAAGACCCAGACCAUUGUGCUUGAUCCAUCAAGUGCUGCCACGGUCCUGCCCGAACAUUUAGUCUUGGAAAUCCUGGACGUUGAUGCACCCGAAGUCACCACAGAUGCGGUAGACCCAGUGCAGCUUUCCAUAUUUGGUCAUCGGUUCAUGAGUGUCGCUGAACAGAUGGGACACACUAUGCAAAAAACAUCCAUCUCCGUCAACAUCAAGGAACGUCUGGACUUUUCUUGCGCUGUGUUUUCGGCGACUGGUGGCUUGGUCGCUAAUGCUCCACAUAUUCCAGGUCAUCUUGGCUCCAUGAGUUAUGCUGUUGCGUACCAAGCUAAGCUAUAUGGACAUGGUGAGCUCAAGCCCGGGGAUGUUUUGCUCAGCAACCAUCCUUGCGCAGGAGUCUUCAGCGAAGAGGACCCCACCAAGAUUCUAUUCUUUGUGGCCAAUCGCGGCCAUCACGCUGAUAUUGGUGGCAUCCAGCCGGGAUCAAUGCCUCCCCAUUCCACUGAGCUGUGGCAGGAAGGUGUCGCUGUCGAAACUUUCAAAAUUGUAAAGGAAGGCGUAUUCGAUGAUGCGGGGCUUCACAAGAUUUUAGUUGAUAUUCCGGCUUCAUACCCAGGGUGCAGUGGGACUAGAACUCUCAAGGACAAUAUUGCAGAUCUCAAGGCCGCUAUUGCAUCUAAUAACAGAGGCAUCCAGCUCAUCAAUGCUUUAGUGAAAGAUUACUCCUGGCCAGUCGUCGAGUUUUACAUGGAAGCUAUCCAGAAAAACGCUGCACAGUCUGUACGAGAUUUGCUGAAGACGUUCAGCCAACGAUUUGAAGGACAGUAUCUGCAGGCAACUGACUAUCUCGACGAUGGAACGGUUUUGUCACUUCAGAUCAACAUAGACCCUGAAAGCGGUGAUGCUGUGUUCGACUUUGAGGGUACUGGACCUGAACACUUUGGUAACCUGAAUUGCCCACCCGCGGUCAUGCUCUCUGGAAUCAUGUAUUGCCUGCGAUCCAUGGUCGCAACUGAGAUGCCUUUGAACCAAGGCUGUCUCGAUCCUAUCAAGUUGAAACUUCCAGAACACAGCAUCCUAUCACCUUCGCUCAAAGCUGCGACUGUCGGAUCCAAUGUCGAGACAUCGCAACGAAUUGUGGACUUGGUCUUCAAAGCGUUCCAAGCCUGUGCUGCAUCUCAAGGUACUUGCAACAACCUGACCUUCGGGUACGGAGGUACAGACAGUACCACAAAAGAGGUAGUUAAGGGCUUUGGAUACUAUGAGACGAUCGCUGGUGGCUCUGGUGCUGGGGCAGACUGGCAGGGUGAGAGUGGUGUACAUACCCACGUCACAAACACCAGAAUGUCUGAUCCAGAAAUCUUCGAGAAGAGAUAUCCUGUCUUGUUACACGAAUUUUCAAUCCGCCAAGGCAGUGGUGGCGAUGGUCUCAAUCGUGGUGGUGACGGCUGUGUACGGGAUAUCGAGUUUCGCAUGCCGCUCCAGGUCUCUAUUCUCUCAGAGCGCAGAGUCAUUGCGCCGUACGGCAUGGCAGGGGGUGAGGAAGGCAAGCGCGGUCUGAAUCUCUGGGUUCGGAAAGACCCCAUCGACGGCACCAUCAGGACAAUCAGUCUGGGUGGCAAGGCGACGACGACAAUGAAUGCCGGCGAUAGGAUCAUCGUGAUGACACCAGGUGGUGGCGGUUACGGACCCAGUCCUAAUUGGAGAUAA